CAUCCAUAUUGAUCGGGAUUUGUUUGGGGGACCACGUUUUCAAUCAAGGGGAAGACUUAAACCCUAGCACCCAAAAAAAAAUUGUUGCUGCCGCUUCUUCUAAUCAAAGGGAAGGAGGAGCCGCCGGUGGUUCAUACCGGAGAAGAAGUAAGAUCGACGGUUGAAGGGGGAGGGAGAUGUGGUGAUCACGUCCUUGCAAACCAUUCAGAUUAAAAGAUAUAACCAGUCUUUGAGGUCUACAAGAAGUUGUUAUCCCCAAAUUGAUUCUAAGUAAUGGCAAGUCAAGAGAACGUGAAGCAUAUUGAGGACUGCUCUGUUUCCAACGCAUUGGGGACAUGGGUGUUCUCUGUGGCAGGUGCUUUGAUUGCGAUACCUGUAGGAAUAAAGAGGAAAUCAUUAGCGCCACUUGUGUUUUUUGGGACAACAGGGACGAUGGUUGAUAUAAUUAUGGGAAUUAGUGCCUGUGAAAGAGAACAUGCUGAACGCCAACAACAACAGAAUUCACUUUCUGUUUCUGUUUCUGAUGAUGCUAUCUGACGUGUCAUCAAAGUUAUAUUGAGUUACCUAUAUUUUUGUAAUGAUCAAAAACUAUUAUAUCAUAAAUGGUAAAUACAUGAUAUGUAAUAAUUAUCCCCCCUUUUCUAAGUUCAAGAAAAAUUUGACAUGAUUUUAUGGUUA